CAGCAGCAGGCUCUUUGCGGCUGAGCCUAUGGGAGCUCGGGGAAACGGGGCUCGUGUCACGUGAUCGUCCAGCCAGGUUUCCCUGCGCUGUUGAGGGGAAAUGGAGGCGGAAGAGGACCUGUCACUGCGGGGGCUGGAGAAGCUGCCCGCGGAGCUCGGGCCCAAGCUUCUUCACAAAGUAAUUGAUGGCAUUUGUGGCCGUACUUAUCCUCAGUUUAAGGAUUAUGAAAAUAUUUGGGAUUCAGCAGAGUGGAUUAAUGUUCUGGAAGAUCUUUCCAAAUUUUUCAAAACUGUCAUUGGUAAAAAUAGAGAUUUUGAAAAGGUGAUUGAGCAAUUGAAUCACUUAAGCUCUGAUCAUCAGAAAACAAUCAUGAAGUGUUUGAAAAGCCGGAAAGAUGAAAUUAGGAAAGCUCUCUUAGGAGAAAUAAUUGCCAUUUCCUCUGCUCAGUUACAGGAUUUUGAUUGGCAGUUAAAGCUUGCUCUAUCUAGUGAUAAGAUUGCCACAUUGCAAGUGCUACUUCUGAACCUUGAUCUAGAUGUAAAGGAAAAUGGUGACAUUAAACAGUAUGCUGUUGAAAUGAAUAAAGAAGAACUGCAGAAUUUAAUAAAUUCGUUGGAAGCAGCUAAUAAGGUCAUCUUGCAGUUGAAGUGACUGGAAAUGAUGGAUAUCAGAAUCAUCGGCCUCUUGCUACUACAACUGAGAUGGCAGCAAGAAAAGAGUGUGCUCAGAGAACCAGGGGAUACAUGGAUGUAGUAUGCUGAUCUGAGCAAGCAACAGUAUCUGAGAUUAGAAAGAUGAAAGUAUCUACUUGGUUAGGAAAAGUUACUAUGGUUGGUGUGAAAAGCAUAAAAAAAGUAAAUAUGAAAAAACAUAAUAGCAUUUUAUAUUUUUUAAGACUUGUUUUAUGUAGCCUUUUGUAGAGAAAUCUUUAGAAACAUCUGUUUAGAAAAAUGCCCUGCUGUGUGUACUAAAUACAUCAGGUUAGUGUAAACAUUCUAAGCACAAAUAUGUCCCAUUUUUUAAAAAGUUUGUAAAUACUAGUGCCAUAAGUGAUGGAUUAGUAAUUUUAAAUGUGUUUUAAACCUAAUUUUAAAACAUUGCCAUACUCCUCAUGUAUAUGUUUAUAUCUAUGUAUGUGUACACAUAUAUACAUACACAUUAUGUAUCUGCUCACAUAUACAUCGAUAUACAUAUAUAUGGUUUAUGAAUUGUUUUAAAAAGUAUUUCAGAAACAAAUUUAUAAUGUCAUCUAGCAUUUAAUGAUUCUAUUAUUCACAAACUUUAAAUCUAUAUACACAUAGGUGCACAUUUUUAUAGAACCCCAGAGAGAGAAAGGAACCUUAGCUGAACAAGAUUCUCCUCUACAAUAUAUUUGACAAGGGAACAUCAAGCUUUUGUUUGAAGACCUCUGAUGCGGGGGAUCCUCUGACCCCAGAGACAGGCCAUUCCCCUUUGGACUGCCCGAGUUGUUCAGAAAUCCUAUUCAUUGACUUGAAAUCUGCCUUUGUGACAUCCACCGUUAACUCCUAAUUUUUCACUCCAGCUCAGCAGGACAAGAACUGGAGACUUUAAAGGUUAUCAGUUUCCUUCUGAAAUUGUAGAACCCAGAACUGAGCACAGUAUUACAGAUAUGGCCUGAGAAGUCUGGAGUCACUGUGGCACAGUCACCUUCCCCUCUGCUUCUUGGUGCCACGUAGGAGGACCGCAUUAGCUUUUUGGCUGUCAUAUCCCACUUGAUUCCUAUAGAACUUGCUUCAGUCCCAGCUCUUUCUCAGACUAGUUUCUCUCUAGUCAUGGUUCCCCCGUUUUGUAUUUGUGGAGAUGAGUUUUUGAACCUAAGUAUAAGACUUAAUAUUUAAUGCUAUUAAAUUUCAUCUAAUUGGAUUCAACCCUGUGGUCUAAGCCUGCCAGGAUCUGGAUUCUAACUUUGUCAUCCAACAUGCCAGCCAUGUCCCCCAGCUUUCUCUUGAAUCAGCUGCCUGGACGAGCAUGUAUUUCCAGGCUUAUCGUACUUGACUCAUUUUCACACGUUCUGUAGUCCAGCCAAAUCAGCCUCUUUGCUGUCCUCACAUUUCAUCUCCUGUCUCCUUGCCUUUGCACAGGCAGUCCUGCAUACCAGACAUGGAUUCCCUCCUCACUUCUGCCUCUCAUCUAAUCCCUUUUUCCUUCUAAAUCCAUGUCAGAUGUCUUCUACACGAGGCUGUUUAUGAUACCCUUAGCUGCUGGUUGCCCAAUGUUGACUUUGCCUUGUAUUUAUUUUGUAUAUCCUUGUGUACUUUGUAUAUAUGUGUACAUCUAUAUUCCUUGACAAAUGUAAGUUCCUAAAGGGCAAGGGGCUGUUUUAUUUUUGUCUUUGUAUCCCCAUUGUCUAGUAUAUUGCCUGGCAAACUCAUAGGUGCUUAAAAGUAAUAAUAAUGAUGACUAUAGCAA